ACUGUAUUGAAACAGUCCCGCUGUGUGAGAGGAACCAAUAUCGCGGGGCUGCAGCGACCCGGAGCUUUCCUGAUGAGCGACGGGGAGAAGAUGGCAGCGGCCGUGGUGCAGAUGGCCUGCUCUUACCGCGGCAUGUUAGCCGUGAGGAACGCGGGAAUCCGCGCCCUAAUUCCCGGUAUAGUGCCCUCCCACUUCCGCGCCUUCUCCGUGAAGAAAGAGCCGGAGCUAGAGGACAAUCCGUACUACAGUAAAUACGAGGAGAAGAUCAAGAGACUGCGGAGUGCAAAGCCUCAAGAAUACAAAGCCCGUCUUGAAAAGAGCAGUGAGGUGAAGAAGGAACCUCUUGGACGCUCAAAGCAAGCUGAGUUCAUCAGACUUCUGGAUCAGGAGAUGGAGAAAAAAGGCAAUGCAGAAUCCAGAGGUUUUACCAAAAACAAGACUUUAGGAUCUAUCCUCAACCUUGAUAUGGUUCAAGACAAGUCUGGAAGUGAAAUUGGAGAGCUUUGGAUGCAGUACUUCUCAACAAAAGACACAAUCAGUGCUGGGAUACCGGGGUCGACUUUUGAGACGAUGAUCACUCGAUCCAGGUCAUGCCCAACGUUCUUGUACGCUCUGCCGCGUAAAGAAGGCUAUGAAUUCUUUCUGGGUCAGUGGGCUGGUCAGGAGCUACACUUCUCUUCUCUCAUCAACGUCCAGACCUUGGGCGAGAACGCACCCAGCCAGCUGAUACUGUACCACUAUUCCGACCUGCAGAAGGACAAGGAUAUUGUGCUGCUGACUGCAGAAAUGGAUAGCAAAUUUAUUACUGUUCAUGAGGCUCAGUGCUUGGCCAAUCAAGUGCAACUGUUCUACGCGGCUCAGAGGCACGAGACCUUUCAGCUGGUGGAGGCUUUCAACCACAGGCCGACAGAUUUUAAGCACAUGUCUGUGAUAGCAGAACUAGAACAGAGCGGAAUAGGACUAGGAGCAAAAACAAAGUAAUGGCCAUUUCCGUGGACACAGAGGCCUGGCGAAAUCCACUGGCAGGACCUUCCCAAUGGAUUUAGUCUUCUCUUUAAUCCUGUUCACGCGUUCAAAAAGAGACUUAUUUAAGUGGACUGAAUAUACCUAGUACAUCAAACUUGCUACCAUGUAUGCAGGUUGACACAGUGUGAUUUGCUUUGUUUGUACUUCAUAAAACGCCAUGUCUUUUGAUGCA